AUGGACUUGAUGAGCUUUUAUGCAAUGCCCCCACCGGUUAGGCGGCAUCAAGAGGAAGUGAACUACAUUGGUGAAAACUUCGUGUAUCCUGGCCAGAACGUCUAUCAAGGAGCUCAAUACCAGCCUAAGAAACAAGUCUAUCCUAAGGGAAUCUAUCAGGUGGAGCAGCCCUUCACUUUCCCUCAAGCUGUUGCACCGGCUCAACAAGAAGAGAAGUUAGAUGUGGUCUUGGAAAGAUAUAUGGAGGAGCAAAGGCAAACCACCCAGAGCCUCUAUGAGAAGCUAGAUCGUGUCUUCACUGAUAUUUGCAGCAAGUUUGGAUCUCUCUCCUCUCAUGUCCAGAACUUGGGGAUUCAAAUAGUCCAAACCGCGGAAGCCGUAGAGAAACAAAAUGAGG